GGAGGGGGUGAGGGUUUAAUUUGAUGGGAAGCCUCCCAAAAAUUCAAGUAGACCCAAUUUGCACACUUGGAUACCAAAAUACUUGGUGGGGGUAUGGAAAGUAGGAGAAAGAAAAGGUGGUGAAGUAUGGAAAAAUAGGAGAGAGAAAGUAAAUGAAGAGGUUAAUGAAUAUAGGUAUGGAAUUGUAAAGUGAGAAGGUUAUGUGAUAAGGUUAGUGGAAAGUGAUGUACACUAAUGAGGUGAGGAGAGAGAAACUAUGGGAAGCCCCAUGAAUGUUGAUGCUCAGUGUCUUGCUAGGUAAAUUAACUUAUCAAAAUGUGUUUCCAAACCCUUUUUUUUUUUUUUAACUUUAAGAUGACAUUUUACGCAUUUUACUUAAUCAUAAGAAGUUUGUAUAACUUUUAAGUUUAUUUUCUAAUUUUAAUUUUUGUUAAGUAUGUUUCUUAAAUUACAUAAUGGUCAAUUUUUUUUACUUUUUUUGUAAAAUAAAAAUUAUGUCUUGAAUCCCUAGAUGUAACCAAAUGAAAUGUAUCAGACCAUAUCACUACGCUUAAAAGAGUUAAUAAUACUCCUAAAUCCUAAUGUAUAGCUCAUCAAGUCAUAGCACCUACCGGCUACCACACAAUAGCUACAAGGACCAAAUUGUUUGACAAUCUCAUACUCCAGAUUAAAGAAGGUUGUUGCCAAAUUAAAAGAGUAAUUACUAGUAGUUUGGAACUUAGAUGGGUAGGAUUCUAGGUUGGUUUUUAAAAUUGGUUUAAGUGAAAUUUGACCAAUAAGUCUUUCAAUCAAUUGUUAAAAAAAAAAAAAAAAAAAAAAAGUCUUUCAAUCAAUUCUCCACAUUAAUCAUCCUUACUUUUGGACCAUUUUAGCUAAUUUCUAGGUCUCAUUAACAUUAAUACAAGCAAAAACCCAAUUUUCAAACAAAUUUGGACUAAACAAUCAACAAAAUACGAGUCAAUUUUGCCAAACCUAUCCAUACAAUAACGAACACAAAAAAUCAAGAAUUUCCAUCCUUAGUAUCCCUUGAUAUGCCAAUAUGGCAUACAUCUACUGAUCUAGUAUUCGGUAUUCCUCAUACUAAUAAUUUAUUUAUUUAUUUAUUGCUUCUUACAUAAUUUUUGGGAAGAAAUAAACAAAUGAACAGUGAAUAGUUAAUAAAAAAAAAAAUACAUGUACGAUUAAAAAAACAGCCAGAAAUUUGACAGUCCACUUCUACUCUACUAAAAAGCAACAUACGCUCCAUUUUCCCAACUUCGCAUUCCCCAAAACCCACAAAAAAACACCAUCAACAAUAACAACAACUAUGAAAUGAAAAACCAUCAAUUAUUAUUCUCCUUCUAUAAUUCCAUAAUACUAUAAUUCAUUCGUUGCAUUUUCAUCCCACCAUUUUCUUUUAUGCUUCAUUUUUAUGGCAACGGCUAUUUUUCUUGUCUCCCUCACUCUUACCUUUGGUUUUGCUACCAUUUUUUCCGGUGCUACAGUGACGGAGGUUGACUCACUACUAGCCUUCAAGCGCAAUCUAAAUGACCCACUUGGCGUAUUAGACGGCUGGGAUGCGUCCACGCCAUUAGCCCCUUGUGACUGGCGUGGCGUCGGCUGUUACUUUAGCAGAGUUGAUCAGCUCCGCCUUCCACGGCUUCAGCUCACCGGCGUACUUUCGCCGGAGCUUGGAAAGUUACGGCAGUUGCGGCGGUUAAGCCUCCACUCUAACCACUUUCAUGGGUCUAUUCCUCGCUCUUUUACCGAACUUUCUCUUAUUCGUGCUCUUUACCUUCAUAAUAAUUCCCUUUCCGGCGAUGUUCCACCGGGGAUUCUCUCUCUUAGUAAUCUUCAGAUCGUUAAUCUCGCCGGUAACGACCUGUCGGGUAGAAUCUCCGGCGGAAUCUCACCCAGUCUCCGGGUACUCGACCUCUCGUACAACAAUUUCUCCGGGUUGGUUCCGGCGAAUUUCUCGGAGAGCUUGCAGCUGACGCUGAUUAACCUCUCGUCGAAUAGGUUCUCCGGCGAGAUACCCGCCAGCAUUGGCGCGCUUAAACGGCUGCAAUACUUGUGGUUGGAUUCGAAUCUUUUAGUGGGUACUCUUCCUUCGGCGAUACUGAAUUGUACAUCGCUUGUUCAUAUUUCUGCCGAGGAUAAUUUCAUCUCCGGUAAUAUUCCGGCGACGAUUGGUGCAAUGCCGGAGUUGGAGGUACUUUCUCUUACCUCUAAUAAACUCUCUGGUGUAGUCCCUGCCUCUGUGUUUUGUAAUGUGUCCAACCCUCGGUCGCUUCGAUUCGUUUUCUUAGGGUUCAAUGCCCUCACGGGAAUCGCUAAGCCGCCAAAUGGGUGCACAUUUAGGAGUGGAUUGGAGGUCUUAGACCUUCACGGGAACCGCAUUGUUGGCGAGUUUCCGGAUUGGGUGGCGGAUAUUCCAACGUUGAGGGUUUUAGAUCUUUCUGGAAACCUCUUCACUGGUUCACUUUUUGCAAAUUUUGGAAAUUUGAUGAAUUUAGAGGAGUUUAGGGUGGCUAAUAAUUCAUUGAAAGGUCAAGUUCCUAAGGAAAUAGGACAAUGUAGUAUGUUGAGGGUUCUUGAUCUUGAAGGGAAUCAAAUUUCUGGGAAAAUUCCAGAAAUUUUUCAGAAUUUGAGUAAUUUGAGGGUUUUGUCAUUAGGAAGAAACAGAUUUUUGGGUUUGAUUGACUUUGAUGUCGGGAGUAUUCAGAGUUUGGAAGUGUUGAAUUUGAGUGAAAAUGAAUUGACUGGAGUGGUCCCAAAUGAGGUGCUUCAACUCACUAAUUUGACCACUUUGAACCUCAGUUUUAACAAUUUUUCUGGGCAUGUUCCAGUAGAAGUUGGUGAUUUGAAGAGUUUAGCGGUGUUGAAUUUGAGUCAUUGUGGGUUUUCGGGUUCGAUUCCGAGUAGCAUUGGGAGUUUGAUGAGGCUAAGAGUUCUAGAUUUGAGCAAACAGAGAUUAUCUGGGAAUUUUCCUGCUGAACUGUUUGGGUUGCCCAAUUUGGAGGCUGUUGCAUUGCAGGAGAAUGAUUUACAUGGGGAUAUUAUUGAGGGUUUUAGUAGUUUAGUUGGUUUGAGGUACUUGAAUCUUAGCUCCAAUUCUUUAUCUGGUGACAUACCGGCGACUUUUGGCUUCCUCCGGUCCCUGAAUGUCCUCUCUCUAUCAAAUAAUCGAGUCUCGGGUGAAAUUCCACCUGAGCUUGGCAAUUGUUCAGAGUUACAAGUACUUGAACUUGCAAGGAAUCGUUUGGUGGGCAAUAUUCCAAAUUCUUUGUCAAGGUUAUCUCAUUUGGAGGAGCUUGAUUUGGGUCAUAAUAAUUUGGAUGGUAAUAUACCAAAAGAUAUUUCCAAAUGCUCUGAUUUGCUAAAGUUGGUCUUGGAUUUUAACCAUUUUUCAGGGCCUAUUCCAGGCUCAUUGUCAAAAUUGCUACACCUUAGAAUGCUUGAUCUUUCAUCAAACAAUUUGAGUGGCUCCAUCCCAGAAAAUCUAACCCAUAUAUCAAGCUUGCAAAACCUAAAUUUAUCCUCGAAUCAUUUCGAAGGUGAAAUCCCAAAAACUCUAGGUUCUGAUUUCAGUGAUCCUUCAGUGUUUGCAGACAAUGGAAAGCUGUGUGGGUAUCCAUUGAAGAAGGAAUGCUCGUAUUUGAGGCGGAGAAAAAUGAGGAAGUUGAUGUUGAUUAUUGGUGUUGCACUUGCUGGGCUUCUUUUCCUAGCAUUAUGCUGUUGUGGUUACAUCAUUAGCCUCCUACGUUGGCGUGAGAAGCUCAAAGGUAAGGCAGCCGGGGGAGAGAAGAAACCUAGCCCACCGAGAAAAAGCUCUGGAGCCGAAAGAAGUAGAAGCAGCAGCGAAAAUGGUGUCCCAAAACUUGUCAUGUUCACUAGUAAGAUUACAUUGGCAGAGGCCUUAGAAGCAACAAGGCAGUUUGAUGAAGAAAAUGUUCUAAGCAGAGGAAAGUAUGGGAUGGUGUUCAAGGCCUCCUUUGCUGAUGGAAUGGUUCUUGCAAUCCGGCGAUUACCUGAUGGUUUCCUUGAUGAUAGAGGCUUCAAGAAGGAGGCUGAGAUGCUCGGGAAAGUGAAGCACCGGAACAUCACCGUGUUGAGAGGGUAUUAUGCCGGUCCACCUGACAUAAGACUCCUAGUUUAUGACUACAUGCCUAAUGGAAACUUGGCCACUCUUCUUCAAGAAGCAUCACACCAUGAUGGGCAUGUCCUGAAUUGGCCAAUGAGGCACUUAAUCGCGCUUGGGAUUGCUCGUGGGAUCACAUUCUUGCACUCCUUAGAUAUGGUUCAUGGUGAUAUCAAGCCUCAAAAUGUGUUAUUUGAUGCUGAUUUUGAAGCACAUUUAUCAGAAUUUGGUCUAGACAGAUUGACAAUUGCAACGCCAAUCGAAGCCUCAACAUCAACACUGCCAAUCGGAACACUUGGAUAUGUUGCUCCAGAAGUGUUGUUAACAGGUCAUGUAUCAAGAGAAGGGGAUGUGUUCAGUUUUGGGAUUGUUUUGUUAGAGAUAUUGACAGGGAAAAAACCCAUUAUGUUUGAGCAAGAUGAAGAUAUUGUAAAAUGGGUCAAGAAACAGUUGCAAACAGGUCAAAUAUCCGAGCUAAUCGACCCGGGUUUGCUCGAACUAGACCCUGAAUCAUCCGAGUGGGAAGAAUUUUUACUUGGGAUCAAAGUAGGUCUCCUUUGCACAGCACCCGACCCGAGUGAAAGACCAUCCAUGGGUGAUAUUGUAUUCAUGCUCGAGGGUUGUCGGGUAGGACCCGAUAUCCCGUCCUCCACGGAUCCGACCUCACUCCCUUCCCCUGUCGGAUAACCUAGGAAAGAAAAAAGUUGAUCACCCAACCAACUUUGUUUUGGUGAAAAAAAAAAAAAAAUCAGAUGAUGUGAUUUUGUUUCAAUUUUAACAAAAUGUAAUGGUGAUUUUUAUGUGUGUAUAUAGAGUAUUUAAUUAAGUUAUUUGAUUUUAUAAUGUUGCAAGUUGAGGUAAAUUAAUUGGUAAAAAAAAAAAAAAGUUGAGUAAUUCAUAAUAGUCUUCUGCAUCACAGCAUCCAGUCAAAGGAAUUGAACCCGGGAAUUCAGAA